AUGACUAACUUUGGAUUCCAGGACUUCAUGUCUGACCCCACCAUGAACAGCCCCGACGGAAACGCCCACAAGCGCAAGCGCGAGGGCUCUGACGACCUUGGUCACGACCCUCAGCGCAUGAACCGUUCGUCUCACGGCAGCAACGGCAGCAUGCCCGGUGACAGUCACUCCAACUUCGGGCAUUCGCUCAACUACGAACACGGCAUCCCCAACACGGGGUCCGAGUUGAACAUCGAUCAACAAAUUCUCCAGCAUGUCGGUCACCAGAAUGGCAUGUCCGAUGACAAUGCCCUCACUGCCAAUGCCAAGGCUGCACUGGCCGCUCACACCCCUCAACACAAGUACCCCCUACCCCCGGACUCCGCGUUCGAUGCGAGCAACUUGACUCAGGGCUUGAACUUCGGUGAUGACAUGGGCCAGGGGCCCAUGACCGGUGCUCACAACCACAACUCAACGGCUGCUGCCGUGUAUGCUGCCCGUGAGGCUCAGAGCAUGAACCAGAAGCCCACCGUCGGCUCGCCCGAGUGGCACCAGGUCCGCAAGAACAACCACAAAGAAGUUGAACGUCGACGCCGCGAAGCCAUAAAUGAAGGCAUCAACCAGAUCGCGCGCCUUGUGCCAAAUUGCGACAAGAAUAAGGGCGCCAUCCUACAGCGGGCCAUUGAGUACAUCUGCCAGCUCCAAGAAGAGAAGAAGCACAUCGACGAGCGGUUCGAGCAGCACAGUAUCACCACCAGCCACGCCAUCAGCGAGAUCGGUGCAUCGAACCAGAAGUUGAAGUCCGAAAUCGGUAGACGCAACCACAUUGCCCUGAAGUGGCUGCAGCGCUGCCGCGAGGCCGGCCUCGAGUUCGACGACUACGAGGAGGCAAAAGAGCUGGAGACGCUCGACAUGGAGUAA